GCAGCUCCUCCAGCAGCUCCUCCAGCAGCUCCUCCAGCAGCUCCUCCUGCAGCUCCACCAGCGCCACCAUCAGGAGGUGGAUAUGCAGUCGCUCCUCCUCCACCACCACCUGGCGGCUACCGUGCUAUGUAUCGUCAAAGACGUCGUUUCCACAAAAAGGCGAAGUUCCUGAGAAAGUCGAGAAAGAUGUUCAAGCGAAGAAGAGCUAUGGCACAUUAG